UCAAAAAUCAUAACAACGCGACGCGGUGUGUUGGACGCUGCUAAACUUUAGUGAUUUAUUUUAAUUUAUUUAUACUUAAUAUGAAAAUAAUAUUUUUAACCGUGUAAUAAAGAAAAGGACUAAACAUGGCCGACGAAGUAAUAAAACAUUCAGUGCACACUCUCGUGUUUAGGUCUCUGAAGAGAUCUCAUGAUAUGUUUCUCUCAAACCAGAGUAUGCUGCCUCCAAUUGAUGAAAAAGCAGAGAAAAUCCUGAAAGCAGUGAAGGCUAGAGACAGCUAUGGGCAGGUGAUGUCUGCUGUGCAGAAGGCACAGGCUGUCAAACAGCAGGAGGCCAUGAUUCGACCCGACACUCCUCACGACACUGAAAUAGCUGAAUCAGCAGCAUUGGGCUCAGACGGUGCAAUGUUACCGUACAGUGUGCCCAGCAUACCAACCCCUACAGCCAUAGUGCCGGCACCACGGAAAGCGCCCACCAUGCCACGCCCCAAGUGGCAUGCACCUUGGAAGCUGUUCCGGGUCAUAUCUGGACACCUUGGCUGGGUGCGCUGUGUGGCUGUUGAGCCAGGGAAUGAGUGGUUUGCUACAGGUGCGGCUGAUAGAGUUAUCAAAAUAUGGGACCUGGCUAGUGGGAAGUUGAAAGUGUCUCUCACUGGACACGUCAGUACUGUUCGAGGACUUGAGGUGUCACCUCGCCACCCCUACUUGUUCAGCUGUGGCGAGGACAGGCAGGUGAAGUGCUGGGACCUGGAAUACAAUAAGGUGAUCCGUCACUACCACGGGCACCUGUCGGCGGUGUACACGCUGGCGCUGCACCCCACCAUCGACGUGCUGCUGACGGCCGGCAGAGACGGCACCGCGCGCGUGUGGGACAUGCGCACCAAGGCCAACGUGCACACGCUCGCCGGACACACGGACACCGUCGCGUCGCUGGCGUGCCAGGCCGCCGAGCCGCAGGUGAGUCACCGCGCGCGUGUGUACAUGCGCACCAAAGCCAACGUGCACACGCUCGCCGGACACACGGACACCGUCGCGUCGCUGGCGUGCCAGGCCGCCGAGCCGCAGAUCAUAACAGGCUCGCACGACUCAACCAUCCGCCUGUGGGACUUGGCCACGGGCAAGUCCAUGUGCACCCUCACGAACCACAAGAAGUCGGUGCGAGCCAUAGCGGUGCACCCCACGCUGUACACCUUCGCGUCCGCGUCCCCGGACAACAUCAAGCAGUGGAAGUGUCCGGACGGCAAGUUCAUACAGAACCUGUCCGGGCACAAUGCCAUCGUCAACUGUAUGGCGGUCAACCCGGAGGGUGUGCUGGUCAGUGGGGGGGACAACGGCACGAUGUACUGCUGGGACUGGAGGACUGGAUACAACUUCCAGAGGUUACAGUCGGCAGUACAGCCGGGGUCGAUGGACUCCGAGGCGGGCAUCUUCGCGCUGACGUUCGACCAGUCGGGCUCGCGCCUCAUCACCGCCGAGGCCGACAAGACCAUCAAGAUCUACCGCGAGGACGACAGCGCCUCGGAGGAGACGCACCCCAUCAACUGGCGCCCCGAGAUACUGAAGCGACGGAAGUUCUAGACAAACGGAAACUAGCCUAAGAAAUAAAUGACGUUUUUAUAUUCAUA